AUGUUUCCAAUUCGACAAUGUAUAAAAAUUGGAAUUAAACCGAUCCAAAUUAAUCCAGUAAUAACUAAAUCAAUAAUUAUACCAUCAAUUAUUUCAUCAAGGUCAAUUUUCCAACAACAACAACAAAAACCACUUCUACAUUUUAAAUUUUAUUCUAUUAAAACAACACCACCAGCCCCACCACCACCAGCACAUCAUGAUAAAGAUUAUAAAGGCAAAUUAAUACUCAAUAGGAUAUCAAGAGCCACUACAUUUUCAUUAUCUACUGUCCUUGUAACUUUUGCAUCAAUAGUUGCCGUUUUAGUUGUUUAUUUGAUAAUAUCAGAAUUAUUCUUCCCUAGUGGAGAUACAAGAACUUUUAACAAGGCAGUUAAAUUAGUUGAGAAAAACGAACAAGCUCAGAAGGUUUUAAACUUUAAUAAUGGAGAAAGAUUAAAAGCUUAUGGUAUGGUUGCUGCUGAUAAAUGGGUUAGAAAUCGUCCUGUUCAAAGUACAAAGACUAAAAAUAAACAAGGUAAAGAUAUUUUAAUUAUGAAAUUUCAAGUUGAAUCAGACAAGGGAAAAUAUGGUGUUGUUACAUUAGAACAAAUUGAUAAUUCAUUUUGGAAUACUGAAUUUACUUAUAUUGCAUUAGAUGUACCUGGUGAUAGAACAAUUUAUAUUGUUGAACCAGAAAGAUCAGAAUUGAUGCCUAAAUUAGGUAGAGGCACUGGAUUUUUAGGAUUAAAUUGGGGACCAAAAAAGGAUUAA